AUGACGGUGGCACCUUUGCAUCAUCGUCUGGCAGCUUGGUGUGUACUUCUGCUGUGGGUUCAGACGUCAAUCCUGACAUGCUGCACGAUAUUACUUCCUGCUUUGCCUUUGUUGUUGAUUCCAAGUUCCCUGGCUCGUGACCUUUUCUGCAAUGUUGCAGCUGGCUGCCAGGCCGCGUGGUUCGGCCUGGCAGUCUUCUGCCUUCGGUGCAUCCUCCGAACGCAUAUCUUCAUCCAUGCGUGUGACGACAAGCUGGAAGACUGGGGCAUGCAGGGUGACCUGCUCCUGAUCUCCAACCAUCCUACACGGCUUGACUGGAUGUUCCUGUGGACUUUGGCCGCAGCACUGGGACGUUUGUCCGGGCUGAAGAUCGUUCUCAAGGACAACCUACGAGCUGCACCAGGUUUCGGAUGGGCCGUGCAGUGUUUUGCAUACCCGUUCAUGUGUCGACGUGACAGGGAAGCUGACCUUCGAGUACUGCGAGAUGUUUGUGGUCACAGUGGCGGUCGUGGGAACUUGGCGUUGCUGCUGUUCCCUGAGGGCACCGACCUGAGCAAGUCGAAUCUGGAGACGAGCCAAAGCUUCGCUCGAAAAGAGGGCCUGCAGACCUACACGCAGGUGCUCCAUCCGCGCACAGCCGGAUUUGUCGCAGCAUGGCAAGCCCUCGAUGAUGUCGCGAAGGACCUUGAAGUGCAACCGCCGGUUCUGGUUGAUGUGACCAUGGCAUAUGUUGCUCCAGUCUCCGCCAACUUGCCAGACGAAGGAGCCGUCUUCGUUCGUGGCCACAUACCUCAUGAAGUUCACAUCCGACUACGUCGAAUUGAAGCGCCUAGUGCUUCCAGUGCCUCUGAGCUUUGCUGCCGCUUGUUCGCAGAGAAGGAGGAUCUGUUGAAUCGCUUUCAUGCGCCCGCCGGCGCUGGCGAUGGUAGUCAUGAGAAGCCAGAUCGACGUGUGUUUAUGGCAGAGGGCUCUGCUGCGCUCGAAGAUGUUCGUGGUGUCAAAACGAGGAUGUUCCUGAGCCUGCUGGCCUUGAUCGUGUUGGAGGUCUGGGGUUUCGCUCUCCUGCAAGCUAUGGGAUGGCUGUGGUCGCUGCUGCUGCUGGUGCUGGCUUCUGCCUGUUUUGUAAUGCUGGGCAAACUCACCGGUGGCAUUGACAAGGUGAUUCUGAGACAUGCUCGGCAGCAUCCAUCGAGACAGCAAGAUCUCAGAAAAGAGCGUUGA